AUGACAGGACGUCCAAUUAUUCUCCGGUUAUCGAAUACUGGGGAGCCAGUCAAUAAUACUGCUGUACAGAAUGGGGUAUUGAUCUUGCCGAGUGUUGCACUCCCCAAGGAUUAUAAGAAGGGAGAUGCUUUGUUUAAUUUACACCUUACAUUAAAUGCAGCUUCGGCGGUAUCUAAUAACGGAACAAUUUUCUCUAACGUUCCUCGAGAAUAUUCGACAAAAUUUGAUAGAAGUAAAUUCUAUGAAUAUCCCCUUGAUACUUCUUUCCAUAGAGAUAUCUUAGUGAACAUUCCGAUUUCGAAGCCGGGUAGUUAUUGUUACUAUAUUUGCUAUGAGGACAAGGAACAAAAGAAAAGAACCACAGACAAGUUUUAUUUCGUUGUACCACCUAACUUGAGUAUCGGCAACGAGUAUGUUCCAUUUAACAAUAUCAACAUUCAGUCUGUCAUUUCAAAGUGGAUUGGACCCUUAGACCAAUGGAACGCAUUAUUUGAGGAUAUCUCAAAAAAAGGUUAUAAUAUGAUCCAUUUUACGCCUUUGCAGGAGAGAGGUGUAUCAAAUUCACCGUAUUCAAUUUACGACCAGUUGAGAUUCGAUCCCAACUUAUUUAAAAGCAAUGAUGAUGCUGCUAAAUUUUUGAAGGAGUUAUUAGCAAAAAACAAUUUAUUAUCUUUGACUGAUGUUGUGUUGAACCAUACUGCAAAUAACUCUGAAUGGAUUAGAGAAUACCCCGAUGCAGGUUACAACGUGGAAAACUCUCCACAUUUGCAAUCUGCUAUCGAGUUAGAUGAAAAAUUGCUUGAAUUUUCUAAUAAAUUAGAUGAAUUUGGUUUACCUGAGGAUAUUAAAACGCAGGAUGAUUUGAAUGCAAUUGCUGAUGGAAUUGUGAAACAUGUCGUGAAUCCGUUGAAAUUAUGGCAAUAUUAUGUUUUUGAUAAACAAGAGUCCGUUGACGCUCUUAAGAACGCUUUUGAAAACGGAAAUUCAAAGAUUUCUCCUGGUACAAUUCCUUCUGAUAUUGAUUCAAACAAUAUCAAGCAAUUGUCUAAAUAUAUUUUAGAAACGUGUAAUACUAGAGGACAAGUGAUUUUAGAAGAUAGAUUUGCCAACAAAUUAGACUCCGCCAAGUUUUUGGCCGUAUUAUUUACUUUGUUGGAUUAUCCUUCCAAUAAAGUUGAUUUUGAGACAAUUUCCAGUAAGGCUAGUUCAAUAAUUGAUGAAAUUAACUUGGACUUAUAUGCCGUUUAUGACGAUGAUGUAAAAUCAAUUAAAAACCAAUUAAAAGAUAGAAUUAGAUACAUGAGACUUGAUAAUGACGGCCCAAAGUUAGGCCCAGUUUCGAAAGAUAAUCCAUUAACUGAACCAUAUUUUACAAGAUUCAAAGGAGCGGAUGGAAAACAAUGGGCUUUGGCGAAUAACGGUUGGAUUUGGGGAGGUAACCCAUUACAAGACUUUGCGUCAAGUGAAUCUAAGGCCUACUUGAGAAGAGAAGUGGUAAUUUGGGGAGAUUGUGUCAAAUUAAGAUAUGGAAGCAAAGAAGAAGAUUCGCCUCAUUUAUGGAAACGUAUGAUCGACUAUACGAAAGAGUGUGCAUCUGUAUUCGAUGGUUUUAGAAUUGACAAUUGCCAUUCCACUCCGUUGCAUGUGGGGGAAAAGUUAUUGGAUGUUGCCAGAAGUGUUAAUCCAGACUUAUACAUAGUUGCUGAAUUAUUUAGUGGGUCUGAAGAGAUGGAUAAAGUGUUUGUCGAAAGAUUAGGUAUCAAUAGUCUUAUUAGAGAAGCCAUGCAAGCAGGAAGUGUUUCCGAAUUAUCAACGUUGGUUCAUAAACAUGGUGGUCGUCCAAUUGGAUCCUUGACCUGGUUGCCAUUAGAUGAAUUUGCUUAUCCAGCAUUAUCGGAGCCUGAGAAAGACAAAUAUGGGGAUUCAUAUUCCGAAUUAGAAAUUCCAAAGGCUUUAACUUCGCUGGCUCCGCAUGCUUUAUUCAUGGACUGUACUCAUGACAAUGAAAUGCCAGCUCAAAAGAGAACAGUAGAGGAUACAUUACCAAAUGCAGCAUUAGUUGCAUUCUGCUCUUCUGCAAUUGGAUCUGUAUUUGGGUUUGAUGAAUGUUAUCCAGAAUUACUAAACGUUGUUGAUGAGAAACGUAUUUAUACAUACGGUGAAAAUGGUAUUGGUAGUAUAAAGCAAAAAUUACAUUCUAUUAGAAAGUCGCUUGCUACUGAAAGUGAUGAUAUACUGAGAGAUCAUGAAAUGUAUAUUCAUCAUGAAGGUCAAUAUAUUACUAUUCAAAGACAUAACUCCAGAACUGGUAAGGGUUGGUUUUUAAUAGCAAGAACGAAAUUUAAUGACAACGCAGAACAUCAAACUUUAUCACCUUCGGUAUUAGGAGGAACAAAAGUAAAAAAUGAGUUUGCAUACACUUUAAAGAAAGUUGAUGGUCAUCAACGCGACGAUAAGAAAUUGACCGGUAUCCCCGUUGCUUUAGAAGAAAUUCCAGCGCCAGAAAUCGAAUACAAUGAUAAAGAUUCUAAAAUUCACGUAAAUGAGAGUUUUAUCCCAGGAUCUAUAGCUGUGUUUUCAACUGAGAUCCCAAAGGUAGACGUCUCAUUAGAUACGUUUGUGAGAGAAGGAGCCGUGGAAGCUUCAUUAGACUUAGACUUAUACGACUUAAAUGCCCUAAUGUAUCGUGCAGAACCAGAAGAACGUGAUGCGAGCGAUGGAAGUGAUGGUGUUUAUCAAAUUCCUAAACAUGGCAGCUUGAUCUAUGCCGGUUUUGAAGGCUGGAUUUCUGUAUUGAAAAAUGUGAUAUGGCAAAAUGAUCUUGCGCAUCCGCUUUGUGAUCAUCUUAGAGAAGGUGAAUGGCCGCUUGACUAUGUUGUCAAUAGAUUAAAUAAGUAUUCGCAAGGCUCCAAAUCAUUACAAAAAUUCCAAGAUUGGUUGUCAAGCAGAAUUGAAGCCAUUAGAAUUGUCCCUUAUUUCCUUAGGCCACAUUAUUUUGCCUUAGUUAUUGGUGUCGCCUAUGAAGCCUGUAGAUUCAGAAUUUUGAGAUUGUUCCCUAAGGAGAUUCAGGAUGGUACAAACUUUGUGCAGAGUUUGGCAUUAACUUCGGUACAAAUGGUAGCAAAGAUGAGGAAGACAUCAUUAAAGAGUAAGGAACAAGUUCCUUGUAUAGCGGCUGGCUUACCACAUUUCAGUAAUGAUUACAUGAGAUGCUGGGGUAGAGAUGUAUUCAUUUCUUUCAGAGGAUUAUUAUUGGCGCCUGGUAGGUACGAAGAUGCUAAGCAACAUAUAUUAGGAUUUGCCCAGACUUUGAAACAUGGAUUGAUUCCAAAUCUUUUAGAUUCCGGAAGGAACCCACGGUACAAUGCUAGAGAUGCAGCUUGGUUUUUUAUCCAAGCAAUUCAAGAUUACGUUACGCAUGCGCCUAAUGGAACUAGUAUAUUAGAUGAAAAAGUUGCAAGAAGGUUUCCGUUAGAUGAUACCUAUAUUCCUUAUGAUGACCAGAAAGCUUUUAGUUACGAAACUUCCGUCAGAGAUAUUAUAUUUGAGAUUUUACAGCGCCAUGCCAAGGGCAUCAAAUAUCGCGAAGCAAAUGCCGGAAAGAACUUAGAUUCCCAAAUGUCAGAUGAAGGGUUUAAUGUUGAGGUACACAUUGAUUGGCAAACUGGUCUUGUUCAUGGUGGAUCCCAGUCGAACUGUGGUACGUGGAUGGACAAAAUGGGUGAAAGCGAAAAAGCCGGCUCGAAGGGUGUACCUGGAACCCCGAGAGAUGGUGCUGCCGUCGAGCUUCAAGGGUUAUUGAAGAGUGCUCUCAGAUUCGUCAAUAUUUUGCAUAAAGAAAAUUUAUUUGAGUAUACCGAAGUUGAACGUGAAGAUGGAUCCGCUAUUUCUUUAAAGGAUUGGGAAAAGCUUAUUUUGAAUAAUUUUGAAAGAUGCUUUUAUGUUCCUGAAGACCCAAGUCACGACAGCGAAUACGAGAUCGAUUCGCUGAUCGUUAACAGAAGAGGCAUAUAUAAGGAUUUAUACAAGAGCGGUAAACCAUUCGAAGAUUAUCAAUUACGUGCAAACUUCCCAAUUGCCAUGGUUGUGGCUCCCGAACUAUUUACUCCGUCCAAGGCAUUGCAUGCUAUCUGUGUCGCAGAUAAGGUUAUUCGAGGCCCUGUUGGUAUGAGAACUUUGGACCCAUCCGACUGGAACUACAGACCUAACUAUAACAACGGUGAAGACAGUGAUGAUUUUGCCACAUCUAAGGGAAGGAAUUACCACCAGGGUCCCGAGUGGGUUUGGUGUAUGGGCUACUUUUUGCGUGCCUUUUUAUUAUUCCAUUAUGUUAACUCCAACGAGUACAAAGAAGGUAAGGAUCCUUCGGUCAGUGUCUUAACAGCCCUUAAUGAGAGACUUCAAGGCCAUAUGAAAUGGAUCAGAGAAAGCGAAUGGUCUGGGUUGACUGAAUUGACCAAUAAAGACGGCGCGAUUUGUCCAGACUCCAGUCCUACCCAGGCAUGGAGUUCGUCGUGUCUCUUGGACCUUUAUUUCGAUUUAUGGAACGACCAGGAAUAUCCUUAA